UCUCAAAAUUCUCUAGCUUUAAAGUUGAUGGCAAUUUCCAACGGCGCCGUGGAGUUUCUCCGGCGACGGCUCCUCCCAACGACACUUAUCCACGUCACGGCUCUGGACGGCAUCGUUAACGUUAAUUCCCUCUUCUCACUUGCUCUUUUUCUCGGCCUCACCACAAGCGGAAACAUCACUUUCCCUGUUUCAUCCUCUGAAGCCAAGAACCAACAUCUCCGUCGAUGUAUCGCCGCAAAAGGCAACGCAUUAGCGGAGAGGUUAGUCUCAAGCCAUGUUUACUCCUUCAGCUUCUUCCUCUUCUCCAGCCUCAUCGCUAUGUCUCUCAAGCAAGCAAUCAGAACAACAACAACAACAACAACGAGUGAGAACGUUGUGGUGGAGGAGGAGCCGCGUGUGUUGAACGCAGGAGUCGGACGCGUUAACUUGGCAGCCUUGAGGGUUGGGAUCGUUGCUUCGUGUGUUGCGUCGGUUUUGGGAUGUGGGUUCUUGACAAUGGCGUUAGUGGAUCUUGUUCAGCUCAAACUUGGACCUUUGGAAUGUAAGAGAAGCUUUCAUGCUCUUGCUGCUAUUGUUCCUCUUGUUGUACUUGUUCCUUCUGCACUUGUUAUCUAUGUGUUUCUUGUGCUUUACGUGUUUAUUUUUUAACUCUCUUUUGGGUUUGUACAGUUUCGUGUUUGUUAGGUUUGAGUUUCAGAUUCGAUCAGUUCUGUAGUCAGAGAGAAUCCUCUGUUAUUUAUACUCGAGUUUCAGGAUUCUAAAUGUUUUUAUGAAGUACAAAGUUCUAAUC